CAUAGUCCAUUCUCACACUCCCCUUUCCCACUCUCAAGCAACCCCCAAACACUCUUCUGUAUCUCCUUCCUCUAUAUAAACCCUAACCCUAACCCUAACUUCUCUCCUCUCUUUAUCUCUUUAUAUAUAUAUAUAUAUAUGUACUCUCUUCCUCUCUUUACUUUAUAUAUAAACCCUAACCCUAAACCUAACUUCUUCUCACUAUAUUUAUAUAUAUGUCUCUCUCUUCUUUAGUUCCAGUCCGUUCUCUCCUUCAACCAACACACAAACCAUAACUCACACUCUUUACUCCAUCUCUUUCAUUAUAAAACCCCUCCAUACCAAGCUUUACCACUCUUACUUUCUCACAACCACCUCCUACCUCUCCCUUCUCUCUCACAAACAAACACAAGAAGAAGAAGGAGAAGAAGAAGAAGAAGAAGAAUAGACCAUGAAUGGACUAGAGUCACAACAAGAAGCAUUCAAAAGAAGAUGGAAUGAGAAGAGAGGAGGAAUACAUUCAACUUCUUCACCAUUUCCUUUGUAUCGUCAAAAUAACUCCACUUCUAGUGCAAGUGCAAUGCCUUGCACUUCUAGGAAGCUACUCAAGCUCUCCGGUCAAGACGAUGAUUUAUCGGCUUCCGUUGUACCGCCAGUGACAGUUGUUCUUGAAGGCAGGUCCAUUUGUCACCGUAUUCAUCUCCACAAACAUGCUGGCUAUGAGAGUCUUGCAGCUGCUCUUCGUCGGAUGUUUGUUGAUACCGAGACCGAAGAAAGACUCGUCGAAGGUCUUAAUCUUUCUAAUGCUGUGCCUGGAUACAUUGUUGCCUAUGAGGACAUGGAAGAUGAUCUCCUUCUUGUUGGAGAUCUCAAUUGGAAAGAUUUUGUUCGAGUUGCAAAGAGAAUACGAAUAAUUCCAGUGAAGUCUACUCGUCAAAAACAACUAGUUGGAAGAGAUCAGUGAUAAGUGACAGAGAUAAAGACAUUGUGCUGUUGUUGUUGUUGAUGUUGUUGUUGUUGUUGUUGUUGUUGUUGUAUUUGUUUGUUGAGCUCUUGUAUGUUCUAAGUAAGUGUGGUCUUUAAAGGAUGCUUUAAUAAGGGUUGGCCCAAAGAAUUAUGGGGAUUUAUUGGGUGACCAUAAGCUAAAUUAAUGCAAGCUGUUACAAUUGUAGUAAUUGUAUAGAUUGAAUGUGAUCUACAAAGUAGUUUCCUUUU